CUUGGCACUAAUUUGUAACCUUCCCUAUAAAAAUGGCGUCGGCUAACUGGUUGCGAAAGUUACCGGAAUUUUUCAUUGCACGUUUUCCUUUUCUCAAUGCAAUAAGCUUGCUUCUUUUACUUGCAGAGCGUGCACAAAAUGAAAGUUACCCACCAAUUCAACCCAAAGUAAUCUACACACACAUUGGGAUUUUUGUUGCCUGUGGAUUUCUGUUGUCUUUCCGCUACAAAUGCAAGGAGGUCUCACUAGUAUACUGCGGACAAAUGCUGUACCUGGUGUAUACAUUGUUUACCAACACACAGAUGGACUACACCCAAUGGCAAAAGAUCAGGAUGGCAUCUCGUCACAUUGGCUGUGUUGGUAUUUUUCUCCUUUUCUCAUCCAUUUUUGAAAACUUGCCAUCAAAACAAUUGCAAAAGCUUGGAGAAACUGUCAUAGGACUAUUUCUGAUGGCGUUUGUGUACAUUCUCAACGACAGUGUGGAGGACAAGAAAGCCUUUUUGUACCACGUCCCGGGCGGUGACUGGAGUAGGUAUUUCUUCACCCUUGUCUUGGCGGCCGGUGCCAUUAGUUUUUUCUCGGGCCACUUUCUGAGAGACAUGUCCAUCUCGGUGAUCGUGAUGUUUGGAAUCCUGACGAUCCUCGUGGACUGUGACAUUAAUUACUGGGUAGAAGGCAACAGAAUGCUAUUCUGGAAUCAAGUGCGGAUUAUCAUUGAUGACUUGUGUAUAUUACUUGGUUUUGCAAUGAUCGUUGUUCGGAUUGACAAUAGGGUAAAAGUCGAGUGAUUAGGCAAUCAAAGGACAUAAGUCUUCUACUUUGAUUCCUUGAACCGACUCAGAAUUUAAAAUAAUCUUUAGUCACCUUUUUUGUGUUUUGAGUGAUCUCAAUUUGUUAGUGAGUUACAUGUACCUACUAACUUACACAGAUAGAUUUCUGUUUCCAGAGUGCCAACCAAUCCUAGCUUCCUUACACCAUUAAUUGUUGUUGAAAUCAGUAGUGUCUUACACUGAGAGCCCUGAAUGUAGUUUCAUUUCAGAGCAACAAUCUUUUUAAUUACUUAUAUUUUCAAAAAUUGACCUCAAAAGAUUUGAUACAUAUGACAUUCUCAAGGUGAUCAAAUUAUUUGAAUACCGUGGUACAUGUAUGUUUAUUUAACUUAUGACUAAAAAAAACAAAUUUUAAAACAAUUACUGGUACUUCUUUUAUAAUAUUUAUUCAUGUAAUUUGUGCAAUAUUGAUAGCCUUGUGCUCACAUCUUUGAUAUUCUAAAACAUAUUGAUAUAUUCAUUAACUACAGCAAAUGUAUAUUGUUAUCUAAGAUAUAUUGGAACUGAUUAUCAUAUAGUCCAUCUCUAUAUGUAAUAUGCAUUUAUGAGAUAAUAGGAAAUGUUGAAAUUUAAUCAUACAUGUACUUGUAUUUCCUGUACUGUUGACCAUACAAAGCUACAUUCUAACUACAUAUUUAUUUACAACGUAAAUUAAAAUCUAAUGAAAAACCUGAACAAUAAAUACAGCAAAGUUAAAGAAAAAAUAGCUUCAGUGCCUGUUUGAUAUGGCCUGUAUAAAACAGAGUUAUGAGUGUUUAUUACAUUUUAUAACCAUUGCAUGGAUCCCAUAAUGAUUGAUGUGGCCUAUUUACCCUUGUACCACUAAUUUGGUUUUGCUAUUCUACCGUUUGUUUGUCUUUUGAUAUCUUGGAAUGAGAAAACUGAAGAAUUCAACCAAUUGUUAUUUAUUAAAAGAGGAGAAUAAUUAAAUUUAUUAUUAGUAAUAUAUACAUGUACGACACGUUUUUUCAUGGAUGUGUUUGGGUUUUUAAAACAUUUAUCAUAAUUAAUGUUAACUAAUAGUGCGAUAUGAAUUCUGAUAGUUUUUCGUUUGAUUUUUAGAGGAAAUAAUUAGUGUUUGACACGUUUAUUGAGAGAACGCCUUGUGAGGCUUGAAUUCUGAUAACAUUUUGUGGUUUUUAUUCAUCAUCUAACAUCCAAAGUUUCAAUUUAAUGGGAGAUCCAUGUUAAAUAAAUAAUUGAUUAAGUUCUUUGAAGCAUGAGUUAAUUUGCUCCAAAUUCUGAUACACAUGGUAUGUAGUAAGGUCAGUUUUGUGAAUCUAUAAAUUCUUAUUUUGUUUCAACAAAGAGGAAGAAGAAAGUAAUCAAUUCAUUUAAAAGGGAAACUGAUAAUUUAUUAUUCAUUUGUUGAUUUUCUACGACUGAUAAUUAUUUUACAUAAAAUGCGUUAUAAGAAAUCAGUUUUAAGAAUUUCAGACUCUUAACAUCUUUUAUGCAGCUAGUUUGAUUAUUACAUGAUGAAUAGAUUAUUGUAGAAGCUGUAGAUAAUUUUUAUGCAAGUAAUUUUUGUAUUGAGUCAUUUUGAAAUUUUAAGAUAUGGGGCAUUUUUUCAUUAGGUUUUUAAAGUCUGUUAGAAUAUUCAUAUCUUUUUCAGGUUGAUUUUUACUUGUAGUGUUGCUUUUCAUGUCAAUUUAAUUUGUUUAAUGUUGGAGUUUUUAAUACAAAUGUUAUGUAACUUUAUGGGCGUAUUGCAUUUUAAUGCUAAUUUAAGCUGUUGACAAUACAUAGCACACACAAAUCUAACGCAUUUCAUGUGGUUUAAUAAUCUGCUCAAUAUUAAAAUUGUUGAAUUCAAAA